CAUUCAUAAUAUUCAUCUUAAUAUUUAUCAACGAUUCAAAUCGAACAUAAUAAAAUCAAUCAAAUUUUAGUUUUGUUAUUAUUAAUAUAUAACACAAUGUUCAAAUGGCGUUAUCUACGGAAUUUUCGUCUUGAUUCACAUUAUAUAUUAAAAAUAUUGAUCAUAUUCAACAUUCUACUUGGUCUUUAUCUACUAUUCCUGUCCACUAACUAUCGACGAUAUGUCGAAUAUCCACAUGAUAGCCAAAACAACGAUAAGCCAACAAAAGUUAUGAUAAAAGAUGGUAUAGAUGAAAACCAUCAAAUUAACGAUGCCAAAAUAAUCAAUAAAAAAGUGGAUAAAAUUGUCGAACCACAACAACAAUCUCGGCAAGAGAAUCCAGAUAAUACGAUCGUCAUGACGAAUGAUAAGAAUAUAAAAUCGAAUGAUCAAUCAGUUGAUAAAGUUUUCGAUUCAAAUAAUCGACCUGUUCAAAUUCAAGAUGUUGGCCAAAAUAAUGCUGAUGCUAGUUAUAAACGGGUGGAAGAAGAUGAAAAAAUCAUUGAUGAAAAUGAUAAAUUAAAAAUUGAAAUGUUGGGAGCCAAACCCGAUGAACAGAAUAGUAUUAUCCAUAUGGAUUUGGAUUCAUUUACUGAUGGUAAAAAUGAUAAAGCCAAUGACAUUAUGAGUGAAGCCAAAGAUAAUAAUAGAAAAGAUUUACCCAAAGAAUCAUUAGAUGAUUUACUUAACAAAGAUGUUAUCAAACAAAUAAUGGACCAUAAUUCUCAUAUUAAAAAAAAUUAUUCACAAUUAAUAGUUCCUGAUAAUAUUAAUCUCGAGCCAUCUUCCUGGACAACGGAAACUAGAGGCAAAUAUCAAGCGCUUAAAAAUUAUAUUAUUGGAAAUGGACUCAUUGAUUAUAGUCGAACGAUAACAUUGUCUACACAAGGAGGACCCGGAUUUUUACAUCAUACCGAACAUUUAUGUUCACGUUGGGAUGGUCCCAUUUCAUUGGCUGUAUAUGCGCCUGGAGAUGAUUUUCGAUUAUCGGUUAAUAUGAUCUAUUAUCUACGCCAAUGUGCCCAUGAAUGUGUUGCCAAACGUGUAUUCUGGCAUUUUGUCUAUGAUAUUGCCUUUCCACCAAGUGCCAAAAUGUCCGGUCCAACUAGUUUUCUAAAAACUAAUAAAUUCGAUUGUAGUAAAUCAUUGGAUGAAACAAUGAAAAUGUUGAAAAUUGAUACGGAUUUUCGGUCAAACAAAUCUCUUCCGUAUCCAAUAAACGUUCUUCGUAAUGUUGCUCGUUCAUCAUCAAAAUCCAAAUAUUUACUUGCCUCAGAUAUUGAACUAUAUCCAAACAUAGGCAUUAUUCCUGCAUUUUUUGAUUUACUUGACCGUGAACAAAAAGGACUUGUACCUGUGAUCAAUGUUAAAUUUUCUCAUGUUUAUGUGUUACCCAUAUUCGAAGUGAAAGCUACCAAACAACCACCAAAAACGAAACAAGAAUUAUCCAAACUAUUCAAAUCAAAGGAUGCUAUAUUCUUUCAUCGUUAUGUUUGUGAUGAAUGCCAAAAUUUUCCAGAUCGAAAUAUCUGGAUCAACGAUAUUCCAAAGAAUAAUACGAUGAAUAUUUUUCGUGUAACCAAACGUACACAUGAUCGCAAUCAAUGGGAACCGCUUUAUAUUGGCACCAAUGAUGAACCAUUUUAUGAUGAAAGGUUAACGUGGGAAGGAAAACGUGAUAAAAUGUCUCAGAUGUAUCAAAUGUGUUUGAUGAACUAUGAUCUAUUGAUUCUGGACAAUGCAUUCCUUGUCCAUGCACCCGGUAUCAAACGAUAUCAUCCAAAAGAUGAUCAAAAACGUUUAGUCUAUAUCAAAUACAAUCAUCAAAUCUAUACAUCGACAUUGGCUGAAUUGAGAAAAAAAUAUGGAAAUAAAAAUUAUUGUUAAUAUAAAAUCGCGAUUUUCUUUGAUAAAUAUAUCAUAUAAGCCAAGAACAUCCAGUUCAUAUCAUUCGAAUAUAUAUUAUCAUUAUUUGGUUGUUGUACAACCUGAUGUUAAUAGUUUAUUUUCAAUGAACUUUAAAU